AUGACAGAGCAUCUUAGUCCCGAGUCGCUGAAUUCCCUCGACCCCGAUGAGCAAUCCAGCUUGAGAGUGCGCUCGCGAUCUCCUCAUCCAUAUCAUCACCAGAAUACCGACCUCCCGCACCUGUCGGAUCGAUUCUCCCUACGUAACCGCCAAGCGCAAUCGACUGGGAGUGGUGACGACGCCCAGUUUGAGCCGUCCAGCACAGCAUGGCCCCCUCUCCCCAGGGAUUCACCCCAAACGAGUGACAGCGGCUCCGAAGCUGAUGAUGAACACUUCUGGAAAGGGCUACCAGCGCCCAAGACGAAUCUACACAAAGGAUUGAGGGGUCUCAAUGAGCCGCUUUCUGGAUCCUCAACGCCCUUGCCCUCACCAGCAGCGCUGGACGGCCAUGCUGUUCGCGCGGUGGAAAAGGCGCUCACCCCUGUCGAUACACCAGAGUCACGACGCUUACUUGAAGCUCUUCGACGACGAAGACGAGUGAUUGCGCGACGAAUAACUGAAGCAGGCAUUGUCCUGGCGUUGGGUCUCAUGGUAGCUUCGAACCCUCAAGUAUCGGGACUCCUUCAUAUUUGGGGAAAGGACAUACUCUUUCUUGCCAUUUCUUACACCGGACUACUCAUCCUCUACCCUCUCCGAGUCGUAGCAUGGGGCUACCGUAACCAUUCUCCCACUCACCCAAUCCCUCUCGAACUUCCCGCGCAUUUCGACCCCGCGCCACUACUAUAUCCUCCGGCAAUCACCCUUUUCGUAUCUCUCCUUGUUUCUUCCAAUAACCCGGCUGGAGUUCUCCCGAACCUUGUACUCAGUCUCUGUUCCAUCCCUCAGAGCGUCAUCCCAAAGGUCAACCCUUACGCCACCUAUGAUGUGAUAGCGUGGGGGAUAUCUUGCCUUCCAUUGAUCUGGAGCCCGCGACAGCGCGAGAUUUUCGAAGUCGAGAAUCCGGACAGUUUUAUAUCUGAGGAAACGGCCGUCUUGUUGUAUCCUCUACACCAAUCAUUAUGCGUGGUGCUGCAUCACCUUACUACCACGAGUCUCUUGACGGCUGAGCUCCAGCUGCUGUCAAUUGCACUCAUUAAUGUGUUACUUCUGGCUUCAUCACCGCAGAUCCAGAUCCUCAAAGCCCUGCUCUGGGGAGGUGGCCUCAGUUUACUUGUCUUCUGCGGCCCUGUCAUAAGAUGGGGAAUUGCUCUGGCCAGAGUCCCCAAAUGGCGAUUUCGCAGGGCAUCAGUCUCUCAAAGCCCUCCUCUGUGGAAGUCACUGGCUCAAGCAUUCUCAUUGCGUCGGAUGAGGAAUGAGCUACUGAGGACGAACUUUGAGGAGACAGUAUAUGACACGGUCGGCUCAUCCGAGGAUGAGGCGGGGCCCCUGUUUAGGAAGCCUACAAGAGUCAAGACUUUUGGACCAAGUUAUCCUGUGACAGCGGAUGCUGACAGUGUUCCGUCAUCUCCCACGGCUGGCGACGACGCCUUCGCCAAUGGCACUUCCUUUGUCCGAAGACAUACUCUGUCACACAUGGACCAUAUCGUUCGACGUAAUGCCACGCAUACUCCUUCAGGGCGCAAGAAACGGGCAACCUCAAUGUCUGUUCGACCCUUUUUCAAGCUCACCCAAGAGCAGGCUACAUUGAGGAAGUGGCUGUAUGCAGGAUAUGUCUACGCCUGCAUCCUGACCAUCAUCUUGGUUGGUAUCCGCACAUAUGUCCAGAAAUUUGCCCUGGCCGGCAACGAGCCCAUCGGCUGGGCUCUGGGAUACCUCUUCGGAGAUCUACCUUGGUUUAGAUACCAAGUGGUUAUGGCCAAUCUUGAACGGUGGAUCUGUCUGCCGUCGCGAUCAGAAUCAGAGCCAGAAAAGCAAUGCCACUUUGGCUGGGUGCAGCAUGUUCGCCAUGACGACUUUGGCGAGGCAAACACCCGGCUCUUGCUGAGCGUUUACUGGUUGGGCAUCUUGAUUGUCGGCCUGAUCAUUGUCUUCCGUCUGAAGGAUAUCUACGAGGUUGACACACGGCGGAAGGUGUUUCACUUUAUGAUGGUGGGUAUGUUUCUCCCUGCAACUUACGUCGACCCGACCUACGCGGCUCUGGCUCUCUCUUUGAUCUUGGCCGUCUUUUUGAUACUGGAUCUUCUGAGAGCAAGCCAGCUUCCUCCGCUUUCGAAACCGAUAGCGUCGUUCCUUGCUCCGUACGUGGAUGGAAGAGAUUUCCGCGGCCCUGUUGUCAUUUCGCACAUCUUCCUACUCAUCGGAUGUGCUAUCCCCCUCUGGCUUGCUCUCGCCUCGAUCUCGAGGACUGGAUCCGGCUAUCUCGCAGGUUGGGAGGUGCCAACACGUGAAGUCAGCAUGGUGUCUGGCGUUAUUUGCGUGGGCCUCGGAGACGCAGCUGCCUCCCUCAUCGGCCGCCGCUACGGUCACCGGAAGUGGCUUUGGGGCGGCGGAAAGAGUCUGGAGGGCAGUGUUGCAUUUGCCAUAGCCGUAUUUGCUGGCUUGGCUGCUGCCAGCAUCUGGUUGAAGGUUGGCGGCUGGCCCGCAACGAGUGAGCAAGCUGGUGUUUUCGCCAGUGCACGGAAUUCAGCAAUGUGCGCUUCGAUGGCGAGCCUUACGGAAGCCGUACUGACGGGCGGCAACGACAACGUCAUUGUACCAGUGGUCCUUUGGACAUGCGUAAAAAGCCUCGGUAUUUGA